CGGCAGUAGCGCUGUUCUGGUCUAGAAGGCCAAAUAGCGUCAAGCGACAUGUUGCGUUUGCCAGCUGUAAGUCGGGCUUUGGCAGCUCAUUCCAAGGGCUCCAUUGCCACAACCAACAAUGUACGGACCUCCGUCCGGGCUGCGAGCAAUAUGGUUGAAGUGUUUGUAGAUGGUAAACCUGUCAUGGUGGAGCCAGGAACCACUGUACUACAGGCUUGUGAGAAAGUUGGUGUGCAGAUUCCUCGUUUCUGCUAUCAUGAUCGUCUGUCAGUGGCCGGUAACUGCCGUAUGUGUCUGGUUGAGAUCGAAAGAGCGCCAAAGCCUGUUGCUGCAUGUGCAAUGCCAGUCAUGAAAGGAUGGAACAUUUUGACCAACUCAGAGAAAACGCGUAAAGCCAGAGAGGGAGUCAUGGAGUUCUUGCUUGCCAACCACCCUCUUGACUGUCCAAUCUGUGAUCAGGGAGGAGAGUGUGAUCUGCAGGACCAGUCGAUGAUGUUCGGCACAGACAGAAGCCGCUUUACUGAAGGCAAGAGGGCAGUGGAAGACAAGAACAUCGGGCCGCUCAUCAAAACAAUCAUGACUCGCUGUAUACAGUGCACCCGUUGUGUUCGUUUUGCCAGUGAAGUUGCUGGAGUGGAGGAUCUGGGAACCACAGGACGUGGUAACGACAUGCAGAUUGGUACCUACGUGGAGAAGAUGUUCAUGUCUGAGUUGUCUGGAAACAUAAUCGACUUGUGUCCUGUUGGAGCACUGACAUCUAAACCAUAUGCCUUCACUGCAAGACCCUGGGAGACCAGAAAGACCGAGUCUAUCGACGUGCUGGAUGCUGUUGGCUCCAACAUUGUGGUGAGCACCAGAAGUGGUGAAGUCAUGAGAAUUCUGCCCCGCAUGAAUGAAGAUGUCAAUGAGGAAUGGAUAUCUGACAAGACCAGGUUUGCUUAUGAUGGGCUGAAGAGGCAGCGUCUGACCCAGCCCAUGGUAAGGGAUGCUAGCGGGCAGCUGGUUUCCACCACCUGGGAAGAUGUCCUUACGCGUGUGGCCGGAGCACUCCAGGGAGUUAAAGGUUCUGAGAUUGGAGCUAUUGCUGGUGGGAUGGUGGACGCUGAGGCACUGGUGGCUCUGAAGGACCUGCUGAACAAACUGGACAGCGAGUCUCUCUGCACUGAAGAGAUCUUCCCAAUGGCUGGUGCUGGAUCCGACCUGCGCUCCAAUUACCUCUUGAACAGCCGUAUCACUGGUAUUGAGGAGUGUGACCUUCUGCUACUGAUUGGGACAAACCCUCGUUAUGAGGCUCCUCUCUUCAAUGCACGUAUCCGCAAGAGUUGGUUGCAUAAUGAGCUCCAAGUGGCCAUGGUGGGUCAUGAUGUGGAUCUGAGCUACUCUUACAACCAUCUGGGUGAAACCACACAGGUUCUGCAGGACAUUGCUGCUGGAACACAUCCUUUCUGCAAGGACCUCGGCCAAGCCAAAAAGCCUAUCGUGGUGGUGGGUAGCUCUGCUCUUCAGAGGGAUGAUGGGGCAGCCAUCUUAAAGGCUGUGUCCACAAUUGCUCAAAAUGCUCGGGCCAGCAGUGGUGUUGAGGAGGGAUGGAAGGUUCUCAAUGUACUGCACAGGGUGGCCAGUCAAGUGGCAGCUCUGGACUUGGGUUAUAAACCUGGUGUUGAUGCCAUUCGGAAGAAUCCUCCCAAAGUGCUGUUUCUCCUGGGAGCUGAUGCCGGAUGCAUCACCAGAGCAGACCUUCCUAAAGAUAGCUUUAUCGUUUACCAGGGUCACCAUGGUGAUGUAGGUGCACCUAUUGCUGAUGUCAUCUUGCCUGGUGCUGCGUACACUGAAAAGUUUGGCACCUACGUCAACACAGAGGGCCGUGCACAGCAGACCAGGGUGGCAGUCACCGCUCCGGGUAUGGCACGUGAGGACUGGAAGAUAUUGCGUGCCGUUUCUGAGUUGGUAGGAGUCACGCUGCCGUAUGACACACUGGAUGAGGUAAGGAGAAGGCUGGCUGAGGUUUCUCCUAACCUGGUGAGAUACGAUGAUGUAGAGGAAGCCAAUUAUUUCAAACAGGCCCAUGAGCUUUCAAAUGCUGUGAAUCAGUCAUUGCUUGCAGCUCCUCUUGUCCCUCCUCAGCUCACAGUAAAGGAUUUCUACAUGACAGACCCCAUCAGCAGAGCUUCUCCGACAAUGGCCAAGUGUGUGAAAGCUGUGACGGAGGGAGCAGCAGCGGUUGAUGAGCCCUCAAUUUGUUAAAAACCUUUCAGGCAUACCGAUCUGUCCGUAGUACUACGCACAAAAGUAGUCUUCGUCACGUACAUGAACGAACACAAACCUCUGUUUCUGCUUACUCAGCUCUCUGUGUUCUUGCACGGGCUGCACAAGAGCCUAAUUAAAACGUGCUCAUAUUUAAAUAGGCUUUGAACGGUGUUGUAAAGUUUUCAUUCCCACGAUGAAUCUGAAUGAGGUCUGCUUUGUUUUGGAAAGCUCUUAUUAUGAUGAAUAAAAAUAAAAUGUAUUAUAUCAA